GGAAUUGUAGUAGAAUUUUUCUAUACUAAAACUGCAUUUGACAACUUUUUACAUCUAUCACCAGCCAAUUUUGAGACUGGUAGUAGAACGAAUCAAACAUAUUUAGAUGCUUGUGAUUCCUGUGUUCAUUACUCAGGUACAAUAAAUGAGCAUAUUACAGAUUUAGAAAUCAAGUAUAAUCAUGAAUCAUAUUUUUCUAUGGAUUUUACACAUUUGAAAAAUCUUACAACAUUAAUAUUCAGUAAUAUAAAUUUUAAAUCACAUACCCAGGAAAGUCUGUAUGAAUUAGGUCAAGUAUAUUCAAAUAUACAGAAUUUAGCCUACAUUGAAUGCAAUUUUCCUAAUGUUAUCGACAUGACAUUUUUACAUCGUGGUUUCAGACAUUUGAAACAAUUUCGCUUGGACCAUAAAAUAGCUAGUGAUAGGUUUCUACAAAACUUGCUUAACAUAAAUCAUGAUUUAGAAACUAUAAUUUUUAGAAAUUGCAUUGUAACUGGUGACAGAUGGUUUGAUGUUCUAGUAAACAAACUUAAGGGGCGGUCAAUAACAAGUUUAAGUAUACACAGUCAAAAUUUUACUUUUGAAGGUAUAAGCAAAUUUUUAAACACAGAUAUCUUUAAAUCAGAUACAUUGAAAGUAAACAUUAGUUAUGAUGGAACAAUAAGCAUUCCAUUUUGCAUUAAUUUUGUUUAAAUUAUACAUUUUUUUUAAAUAACAAUAUUGUGUUUUAACAAUUAUAUUUAGAUAAUUCUUCAAUAAUAAUUGAAAAUAUUAAUUAAAUAUAUUUCACUGUUCAAUAUGAUAUCAAAUAUUUGUGUUUAAUGUAUUUUUUUUUUUUUUUUUGUUAACUGAUAUUUAAAAUCUGUUGUGUUUACUCAAAUAGCUACCUAAAUAUCUAAAGUUUAUAAAAUGAUUUAUUAGUUUAUAAAAUUAUAUAAAUAUAAUGAUAUAUACCUAAUAAUAAAUUUUUAAUUUGAAACUAAUGGUAUUAUAUACUAAUUAAAAUAUUUAUUCAGUAAUUUUUAUUUUUUAUUUUGAUGUAUAUAUUUUGUAUUUAUAUAUUUCUUUACUCUAAAUAUAAUGGG